CAUGUACAUCAGUCUGUCAGAGUGGAAAUCCGGCACUACAUUUACAUCAGGCUGUGAGAGUGGGAGACCGGCACCACAUGUAUAUCAGUCUGUCAGAGUGGUAACCCGGCACCACAUGUACAUCAGUCUGUCAGAGUGGAAAUCCGGCACUACAUUUACAUCAGGCUGUGAGAGUGGGAGACCGGCACCACAUGUAUAUCAGUCUGUCAGAGUGGGAACCCGGCACCACAUGUACAUCAGUCUAAGCUGGAACAAAACAUUCACAUUACCGUAUUUUUACGUCCGUCAGAAGUUUAUACAGUUCAAAGGCUUUCUGAGAUAUUUACCAUUAAUUGAUCGACAAUUUCCGUUUCUUGAAGCAUUAUAAAGUCGUAGUGUUCCUUGGUUUUUAAUAUUUACACAACAGACGUUAUUUGAUAUGUCUCCUGCAUGUCAUACUGCGAACAAAGACACGUGUUCUACAGUACACGCAUAAUACUGGUGGUCGAUUCGGAUCGGACAGUGUACAGAUAGUUUAAGUGGAAUCUAUCAGUUAUAACGCAGAUAACAUUCGUUAACUGAUACGUACAGUACCAGACAGUAGGCAAGUCGCAUGUAUAGCCCAAAGGCUGAUUUACCGAUUUUCAAUUUGAAAACUUGGCGAACAAGUCAAGGGUUUACGGAAAUAUUAAAUCACUUCCAGUGUUUCGUUUCAGAGUUCACAGUACGUGAUAAAAACAGAGUGUUCGCAUUAUCAUUUGUAGCUAGAAAACGAAACGGACGUUUAGGAGAGAUACGAUGUAGAGUUGUGAAAAUCCUCAACAUGGGAUGUUUAAAGUCAAAGUUCACAUCAAUCAACAAGACAAAAUACGCGGAUGUUCAGCCGGAAGUACCAACACUGACUGACACACAGGUUGAAAUUUUAGAAAAAUCCUGGGAUUCUCUAAAACAUGAUAUUUCUAAAGUGGGAGUUAUUACAUUUAUGAAUUUAUUUCAAACUCAUCCAGAAGUACAAGAUGCAUUUUUACCAUUCCAACAACUUUCCAAAGAAGACAUGGAACACAGUGCUAUCUUGAGGUCACAUGCGUUGCGGGUCAUGGGAACCGUGGAGAAAUGCAUAGGCAGAAUUAAGACUCCCGAAAAAUUACACAGUCUUAUGCACGAAUUGGGGGAAAGACAUACAAAUUACAACGCCAGAUACGACUUUGUUGAUCUGGUAGGAAAUCAGUUUGUACUUGCUAUCAAACCUCAUUUUGGAGACCAAUGGACGAUGGGAAUGGAGGAUGCAUGGGCCCAACUCUUUAAGGUCAUGACUUUCCAUAUGAAGAAAGGACUGAUAGAUGCUCCAAUAAUAACAUAUUAGGCAUCAAGUGAUGUUUGUCCGGCAUUCCAUACACCUGAUUUCCGUCAGAGAAAAGGGGUCAAUUUCCAGAAAAUACAUCUACAUCGAAUUGUGCAUUUGUGAUAACAAUGAUUUCAGAGUGCAUGAACAGCAUACGAAUUUCAAUAACCUCUCAGAAUUUGAUCACCCCUAGACAAGAAAAAGUGUAUAUUUUGUGUAAUUCAUACAUCUUGUAUAGCAUGACACAUGUAUUUAUACAUGUUAUAAUUUAUAAAAUGUAAUGCAAAAUAUACCUGUAAUUUCUAC